GCAGGACUCUUAUGGAAGCGCAACGACAUCGUAAUGCCACGGAGCUACGAUAUGGCGUUAAAGAGACUGGAUACGCUCGGCGCUUGGAGCAGAACGAUAUACAUUUAGUCAACGAAAACAAGCGAUGGUAUUUGCCACACUUUAGUGUGAUGAAUGCAAAUAAGUUAGGGACUGCUCUUGCGAAAGUUGACGAUGUGUCGCUAAAUUCGGUGCUAGACAAGGGUCCACAACACUACAAUCCGGCUAAGGGCGUCUGCGGCGAUAUCAAGAUGUUUCACCAAAUCGUUAAGCAAGCACAGGAUAGAUGUGCACAAAGAUUUCAAUGGCGUGACGGUGAUGGAUACAACAAGGAAUCGGUCCCUGUUGCGACAAAUGAGAAUGGGCACCGUAUUUGGAUGAAUACGAGAUCUUGCGAACAUAUGGCAGAGUGGAUGCAGCCCUAUGCAUGCCUUACAGCUCAAGAAGGCCGAUUAUACUUUUCCAUUGGCACAUAUUAG